CUGAGGCCUCACCCACAUCGGCAGUUAGGCCACGUGUGAUGUUGAGCAGAAAGAAAAGGAGGAAGCAAGAGCGACAGGAAAAGAAAGCCAGAAAAUAUGACAGAUACAAGAAGCUCAAAGGAUUAGCCACCACUGAGCAAUUUAGAGAAGAAAGAAAAAGACCAGUGGCAUCUCCAGUCAAGAGGAAAAGACGUUUAGCUUCAAAGAAACAAACACAGAUAGAGGCACUGGUAGAAGAUAAAGGGAUAGAAAAGGAGAAGAGAGAGCUAAAGAAACUAGAGAAACUUUUGUCGAUUAAAGAGAGAAAGGAAGAGAAGCAGAAGAAGCUUCCAAAUGCAUUCAUACGUGAUGGACUGGAUUAUGUUCUUGAUUUUGCAAGAUACACCAACAGUGAAAGUGAUAAUGACAUUUCAUCCAUUGAAGGAGAAGUGGAAGAGGAGGAGUUGCCUUCUGAAGAGGAGGACUAUCAAUCAUCAAUGGAAGAAGAGACAGAAGAAAUAGAGAAAGAAGAUAUAUCUUUAGGAGAGAGUUCUGAAGGAGAUAGAGACGUUCAGAAAAAGAAAAAAGUUACUUUUGCUCCUGACACUUUUGCUACACAAAAGCCCUCUACAUCCUCCUCUAUCCCUGCCUCCUCUUCAUCUCCUAAUGUAAACAAGAGGAUCCAAGGACUAAUGAAUAAACUGAAUGAGUCUAAUAUACAGACAAUGUUCACUACAAUGGAAGAGCUGUAUAGAAAGAAUAGCCAAAGAGAAGUGACAAAGUGUUUUUGUGAGGUUUUUCUCAAGUCAGUGAUUCAGCCAAUACUCAUUAAGGACAAGUUUGCAAUGGAGCUGGUUAUGCUAGUGACAUUACUCCAUCAAAAGAUUGGGAGUGAAGUAG